AUGAUCUGGUAUAUAAGGUUAUACACCCUACUACCACUGCUGCUCAUAAGUACAGAGCUUAUUCAAUGCCAAAAAGAUAAUAAUAUAGGUAAGGACCCUAAUAACGACUUAUUCUGUGCAGUAUUGAACCCUCACACAGGCCAAUAUAUAGAUCUUUCUCAGUUGUCGCCGACUCCUAAUGAAGUGAUGGAUCCAAAGAAGAGACGUAAAGAGUCUUCAAAGAUGAAAUGGUUGGUUAAAGGGUGGGGUGAUGACAAAGAUAAAAAUUUCACAUUAAGUAUAUGUUCUAGUCCGAUUAGUGAUGACAAUUCAAACAAUAAUAUCCCAUCAAUGGGCCAGUUGACCAAUUUUACAGGAGCAUAUUAUACCGAACGUACAAAGAGUCAUAACUCAGGAGAUCAGGAUAAUGAUGAUGAUACUUAUAUUGAAAUACUUAGCUCUAUUGGAGAUUUUAGUGUUAAACCACAGUUACAUAAUGUGAACAAUAGAAAAUUAAUCUUAAAAUAUGAAAAUGGUAGUUAUUGUCCCGAUGGUCACUAUAAGAAAUCUUCAUUAUUAAAUUUUGUAUGUGAUCGAGAGAUUACCACCAAGGCGCAAAUCAGUUACAUUGGUAAUUUAAACAAUUGUGCAUAUUUUUUUGAAGUACGAAGUGUGUAUGCAUGUCCAACAUCAAACAAGACCAACGAGAUAAAUGUAGUAGGAAUAUUUGUCGGGAUCGGUAUUGUAUUUAUCUUAGUACAAUAUUUAAGGCGUAGUAUGCAAAGACGUAUCAUGUUAAAGGAUAACAAUACAAGUUCUUUGGAUAGAGACAAUAAUAACACUAUCAGGGAUAAUAGUUAUUUUGGAGGAGGUGCUACUAUAGACAGAUCAUCUUCACAAAUUGGAUUGGAUCAACCUAAUUGGGAAUUUUUUGAUAAUAGAUCAAUAUUAACUAAAUUUCUAAAUGUUGCACAACGUAGUAUACGAACAAUAGUAUCUCCCAUUGCUCAAGCAUUAGAUAACAAUAAAAGACGACAUACCAGAAAUGGUGGAGGUAAUUCUAACGGAAGUUCUAGACCAAUAAGAUUAUAUUCAUCACCAUUUGCAAGUAAUAGUCAAACCUCGUUUUUAAGAGAUAUGGAGAUACAGAACAAUAUAUUAGAUAGUUUAGAAGUAACAAGUGAAACUACUACUAAUGGAAAUAGUGUGGAUUCUACUGCAGAUGAUAACAACAACAACAACAGUAGUAAUUCAUAUAAUGAUAAUCUAUAA